AUGGCCCCUCUCCGCACCUUUCUCCUCCCCGCCUUGAUGGCGGUCGCUGCCGUCCGUGCCGCGAACAUCUCCGACUACGUCCCCAGCUGCGCACCCAGCUGCAUCAACGAGGCCGUGGCCGAUCACUCGACCUGCGACCAGAGCGAUGGCGCAUGUCUCUGCCGCGACAUCUACUCUCUCAAGAGGCACAGCGAGAAGUGCCUGAAGAGCGGUUGCUCCGACGCCGACUACGGAUCCGCCAUGCUUGGCUUCGACAACUUCUGCAAGGACGUCAACAACGGCGGCGGCUCUCCCAGCACCUCUGCCAGUGCCUCUUCGUCUGCUGCUGCCCCAACCAGCACCAACCCUGCCCCGACUACAUCUGAUGUCCCAGCACCGUCCACGACCGCCGAUCAGUCUUCCGCUCCCGCCCCCUCCACCACCGGCGGCUCGGCUCCUACAUCUGCCUCCUCCAGCGACUCUGCUCCUACAUCAGCCUCGUCGGGCCCCUCGAGCUCUGACUCGUCUUCCCCCUCUAGCAGUGGCUCUUCUGGCGAUGUUUCUUCCACCCCCGCCAGCACCGAUGGCUCUGCUGCUCCCACCACCGCCCCAUCUUCAUCCUCUGGCGGCAGCUCCUCUACCGCCUCCACCCUCAUUACCUCAUCUGCUACCACCGGUGGCAGCGGCGAGAGCACCUCCACUGGAAGCAGCCCUUCAUCCACCUCAUCCACUCCUCCCAGCGCUGGCUCCCAGCUGCAGUUCAGCGCCGGCCUCCUCGCUGGUGGUGCCAUCCUGGCUGGUUUCCUGGCACUGUAA